AUGAACUUGCUUGGUUACGUUUCCCUUUUGCUUGCGUUGCUCUCAUUAGCGACAGCCUUUCAACGAUAUGGGAUAGUCUCGAUUGGUCCGCCAUUCAUGACAGAAGGUCGUCGACAGUCGGAGGUGUUCUCCACAUCGUCGCCCUUGCUCUACGACGAACCCGUGUUUCGACCUCCUGCCGAAUGGCGAUCCCUCAUUCUGCAAGUCACCAUAGGCUGUAGUUGGAACAAAUGCUCGUUUUGUGAAAUGUACCAAACCAAACAGUUUCGAGCAAAGCCAAUCGAAGAUAUCGAGCAGGAACUGCAGAUCGUGGUAGCUACUCGUGGGCCGAAUGCGGUCAGGGACGUCUUUUUGGCCGAUGGGGAUGCCAUGAGCUUACCUACCAAGCAGCUGAUGGCUAUAUUGGAAAUGAUUCAACAGCACUUUCCACGAGUGCGCCGAGUGUCCAGCUACUGUUUGCCGCGCAACAUUUACUACAAGUCUGUGCAAGACCUUACGGAACUACGCCAUUUGGGACUUCGACUGGUGUAUGUAGGCUGUGAAUCCGGCAGUGACAACGUCUUGGAUGCCGUCCAAAAGGGAGAAACCUACGAAACAUCCCUAUCGGAACUUACCAAACUGCAAGACGCUGGCAUCAAGCGAUCCAUCAUGAUCUUGUUGGGGUUGGGGGGCAAGCGGUACAGUGAGGAACACGCCAUUCAAUCUGCCCGCCUCGCUAGUGCAAGUCAACCGGAGUUUCUAUCCGUUUUGACGACUUCAUUUCCGCGAGGCUUGGACCGCAUCGAAGAGGGCUAUCGGAUCCAUUAUUUGGAGCAAGAAGAAGAGGAAGCGACUCGCGACACCAAAAGUCCUCACUUCUUUGAACCGUUGACGGCACGGGAGUCGUUGCAGGAAUUGUACAGCUUUUUACAAAACACCAAUAUCACCACCAACAGUACAAUCUUUCGAUCCGAUCAUGCCUCAAACUACUUGGUACUAAAGGGACGUCUCGGCAGAGACAAGCAAACGAUGUUGGCACAGUUGGCUGCGGUUCUGGACGCUCCUGAAGAGGAUGACGUUUACAACUUGCGACCCGAAUGGGCCCGUGGCUUGUAG